CCCUCUGCGGGGGUGCCACCAAGAGCCCAGCCUGCCCCUGCCUAUCAUGACUACACUGCUGGGAGACUAGCUGUGUCAGGGACAGUCUGGCCUGCCUUCCACUUGACUGCAGCUGCUUAGCUGGCAGGUGCCCUCACCCAUGGGGCCUGCCUGGGCCCAGGCCCACCUGACUGGUGAUCUCUGGCUGCUUCUGCUGUGUCUACUCCUGCCCCAGGUCUGUAGCUCCCACGCCCCACCAGGAUGGCGCUUCACGUCCUCUGAAGUUGUGAUCCCCAGGAAGGUGACCCACAGGUUGCGUGGAGCCGGGACACCGGGCCAGCUGGCCUACAAGUUUCACUUCAGGGGCCAAAGACACGUGGUUCACAUGAAAGUCAAGAAGAACCUGCUGCCCAGACAUUUUCCUGUUAUCACCAGUAACGAUCAAGGCGCCUCGCAGGAGGACUACCCCUUCAUCCCUCGAGACUGCUACUACUAUAGCUACCUGGAAGAGGUCCCUGGGUCCAUGGGCACGCUGGACACCUGCUAUGGGGGCCUGCGUGGCAUGUUGCAGGUGGACGACUUCACCUAUGAAAUCAGACCAUUGGAGGCGUCUUCCAAAUUUGAGCACGUGAUUUCUCUUCUAGUGACCGAAGAAACUGCCGCGGUGGAGAAGUGUAAGAUUGGCGAGGAAGGUACAAAUCCCGUGUAUGAAGAGGCAACUUUUACUGAAACUCCUAGAGCGGGCCCCGUUUACUUUUGGUGGCCACAUAAGAAAUACUUAAAAAUACACUACACAGUUUCUAACUCCUUCUAUAGGAUAAUGCCUAAUACAACACAAAUUAUACAGUAUGUGGUGGUGAUGAACAGCAUAAUGCAUUCCAUUUACAAAAUAAGCAGGUUAGGCAUAUACAUACGAAUCCUUUGCAUAUGGAAUGCUAACGAUCCUAUGAAUUUAAACAUUAAGCACAAGUCUGCGGGUCAAACGGUACAGGAUUUUGGCUUGUGGAAAUCAAAGACGGUAUAUGCGUAUUUUUCACAUGAUACCUCACUGCUUCUGACAGGACAUCAACUCGGAAGUUCCUACUAUUUUGCCUUGCCUGAUAAAUUAUGCAACCCCAACUGGGCAGCAGAAUAUCUGAAUGUGAAAGAUUAUCAGCUCUUUGUAAGUUCGGGUGUUGCUGCACAUGUAAUAGGUCAUAGUGUGGGCCUCCCCCAUGAUGGACCUGGGUGUAAAUGUUUUCGAAGAUCUGCCUGUCUCAUGGCGCCAAUCCCUAAUAUUCUCGAUAUGAUGAGCAAUUGUUCUUAUGCAAAAAUAUAUGACAAGAUUUAUUUCUAUGAUACUUGUUUGAGUUACAGGAAUACUCCCUAUAAAAAUUUUCCUUAUGUGUAUCCCCGUUGUGGUGACGCAGUUAUAAAUUCAGGAGAAGAAUGUGACUGUGGCACCUUUAAAGAUUGCCUUCAAAACCUCUGUUGUACAACCGAUUGCUCCCUCACCCUGGGCAGUCUUUGCAGUAGAGGGGAUUGCUGUGUUCGCUGUCAAUAUGCUCCCCCUGGACUGACCUGCAGAGAUAAACUUGGGAUUUGUGAUCUACCGGAAUACUGUGACGGCAAAACCCACGAUUGUCCAAAUGACUUUUACAUCCAGGAUGGAACCCCCUGUUCCCCGUUGGCCGUUUGUGUGCAAGGAAACUGUAGUGACCGUGAAAUGCAGUGUCAAGCCCUUUUUGGAUACCAGGUAAGAGACGCUGCACCAGCAUGCUAUGAAAAAUUGAAUGUGAUUGGCGACCGCUUUGGAAACUGUGGGAUAAGAAUUGGAAGAGGAGGAGGCCGUCCUUAUAAAUGUGAAGAAGACGAUGUGCUCUGCGGAAUGCUUCACUGCCGCGAUGUUCUAACAAUUCCCGGUGGAGGUGAGCACACUACAUUUCGCGAUAUAAAAAUACCAGGUCUUAAGGACGUAUCAUGCUUUGGAUAUGAUGCCCACUGGGGGACAGAAGUGCCAGAGAUGGGGCUGGUAGUGGAUGGUGCGACAUGUGGGCCAGGAAAGUACUGUGUGAAACAGAAUUGUACUUUUUAUCAAGAUAUGCAUUUUGACUGUGAUAUCAGCAAAUGCAGUUUUAGAGGAGUGUGUAACAACAAGAAAAAUUGCCACUGCAUGAGAGGCUGGAAGCCACCAGCAUGUAAUGAGACUGGAAUAGGUGGUAGUGUAGAUAGUGGCCCUCUGCCCGUCAAAGAAAAAUAUCUUCGUGCCAGAAUAUUAACUAACAUGAACAAGGCACUAUUUCUAAUCAUUUUUCGAGUAGUCCUUUUACUGAUCUCACUCAUCAUUGCAGCCUUUUCACAAUUAAAAAGAACCAUUGAUGAGUACCUUGAAAAACAAGCUGUUCAUGCACAGAAAGACUUGCCGCCUCAAACCCCACAAAACAAAAAAAAAGUAGACAAUAUUCAAAACCCCUAAGAAAGAGAAGGGUAGCAUUGUGACUUAUGGGGGGAAAUGGUCAGUAAUAAUUCUGAUAAUUUCAUAUGCCUAUAACUAUUCUUGUCAUCUUGAAAUAAAAUGACUUGG